AGAAAAGUCACGAUUGGAUCGCCAAUUGCACGGCUGUGCUUGGUGGCGGUGCAGCUGUGGUUGGGGUGAUUUGAGAUAUGAGGUUAUUGUCGAACCUAGAAACACCAAGCAAAGUGACCAAAGUGAGUGUACAUGAACAGAAAGACUGAGCCUUUUUGUUCAAUUCUCCAUGGUCCUUGGUAUUACUUAAUCAGGGGCAGUACAAUCAUAAUCAUCAUCUCGUAGUAAGUUCUUUCCUCGAGACAGCACCCAAAGCAAUCUCCAUCUUCCUGCCUCACCAGGGUAACUUGGCUUUCCUUCAACACUGACUUCACAGAGAAGACUUCCAAACAAACGACAUUCUCUCUUCCAUCCAUCUUACACCGAAACGCAUCAAUAAAUCCCCAUCACUUGAUAUCAAAGCACAUCGAUUUUCUACCCCGUUACCAUAACCAUGAGCGUACCUUGGCGGCUUGACGACCUUGUCACAUGGGUCAUUGACACUAGCCCGGACAAACGCCUCAGCUUUGCUCAUAUCCAGGGGCCUCCAGCUUCAGCCAAGGCAAUCAAAAUACCAAUGGAAAUCAUCGAAUCGCCUCGAAUUCGGGAUGACCACCCUACCUUUAUUGUUCAGGUCCUUCCCGACUUCAAGAGAAAUGCAGUGAUCCGAGGUCAAAACCCUUGGUCACCGAACCUUGAACUCGAGCCAGGCCAACCUAUGCUGAAGGUUGAGACAUACCUCGAAUCAGAGUCAUCACCCGACGCGAUUUCAGACCGAAUACUCUUUAUCAUCGAUGCUGACCCUGACUAUUCGGCGGAAUAUGCCCUAGCAUUGGCUGCCAUCACGACAUUCGCCGCAUCAAGAACAACUGCUGACAGUGGCUUGCAUAUAAAGGUGGCAACUAUAUCGUGGGAAUGCAUCCACCAAGUCACGAGAGAGCUGUUUGAGAGCUACAACGGGAGUAUUUUCGAAUUCUCGCUCCGAAGAUCUGACCCCGAGCCAACAGAGCCUGUGAUUCUCAAGAUCAUGCCCUCAGAUCUGCUUAAGUAUGCUACAGUGUCGCCUACUAAUGACUCUGGGCCUCUAUGCCUACGCUUUCGGGACGCAAUGCAUGAUGCCGAAGACCUGGAUGAUUGGAACACCAUGCCAUCACAAUGGGAUCCUUGGAUCAGAACAUCCAACACAAAAGGGAACUGUAGUUCCAUUCCGACAAGUUUAGAACAGCCCGGAGCCAAAAUACAAAUGCUUCAUAUGGAUGCAAACUCGAGAAUAGCAGAACUCUUGCCCUCCUGCCACUCUGUCAGCAUUCUUGCGAGCCCUACGGUCCGUCGAGUCAUCUUCGAUCGCCGCUCUCAUCAGUUGUUGCAAACCUUUCUGUGGGUCUCAGCGUCGGAAGAACUUCAGCAGUUUUCAUGGCGUUCCCGGGUGGAGAGUUAUUAUUAUCCCGAUGUUCUGUGCCUCGAUCACUUCAAGCGGCAUCGCGCGAUAGAACGUCGAAUGAAAAUCCGAAAUGAACACGCCGAAGGGUUCAUGGCUGCCCUUUUAGAGUUUACUGAGUGGCCUCCAGGCAUUUGGGAAUUGAUGAGAAUUACUCAAAAGAAGGACGAUGUUUUCAAUCAUGGUCGUGAUCGCUUGCUCUUCCAAGGAAUUACGAAUAGUGAGCAAGGGCAACUCCAAUUACCACACAGACCAAUCACCCGCGAGGCAUUCUAUGCUCUUUUGCCAGAGGUCAAUUACGACUGGCGUCUCGCCCACUUCCUCAGCAUGCAUUCGAGCCCCUUCAUCACCAUGAUAAAAGCACAUCUUGCCCCGAUGUUAGCAGCGGGAAAUGGACCCCUGGAACUGCUCCAUGUCCGGAGAUUUGACUCAAGAACUAAGACAGCGAUGCAAGAGUGUUUAAACCAAUGCUCCCUAGUAUGCGGCGCCGGAGCCUGGGUACGUCGUAGCACUCUAUGGGCAGCCAAAGGCCUAGCGGGCACGAUUGAUGAACAACCGUGCCCUGACGCCACUACCCCUAUGGCCGGUGAUAGCAUUCGAGUUCUUACAGUUGCUUCUGCAUGGUUGUCGGGAUUCAAUCUAGUCCUCAACAGAGUCUUACGCGAGAACAAUGUGGAAGUAGAUGAAUUAGCCACCAUCCAGGAAUCUGUGAAUGAACAAGCUUACAACCAGAUAUCCCGAGACCUGCUGCAAGCAUAUUCACACCAAGUGGCUUUUGUAUCCAAAAAGAAAUUGAAAGAGGGGGAGUUACCGAAGCUGUACGACUUUUUCACAAAGAGACCUUUCAAACCCAACCUAAAUCUUGCGGUGAUCGAUUGGGACUAUCUUUUCGGUCAAGAAAACAAAGUAUUUGGUGUUUAUACGCAUUUGAAGCGUUUGAGUGACGGAGGGACUACUGUUUGCAACUGGACUUGGAUUCCAGCUGGAGUAUGGAGAGAAGUCAGAGAAGAAAUGGAAAAGGUUCGGGAGAAGAAGCAGACUAAGAAGGAGAAUAACAACGAUGAGUAUUGGCAAAAUAAAUUUUAG